AAUACAGUACCGGAUUACGAGGAACAUGGCGGACGAUCGAAAGAAAGGCAUAUCAUUUUCUUUUUCAAAGAAGGUUACUACGAGGAAAAAUAUCUUAAAUUCGGAUGAUGCUAGGACUAAAGAAGAAGAAACUGAUUAUAUUAAUGCUGCAGAAGGGAAAGGGCUGAUAAGUAUCAAACCUGAAGAGAAACCAAAGGAGAAAGUUAUUCCUUGCAAAACCAAAAAUCGAUGGAUUCUUCCAGAAGAUGCCAAGUUUUCGGACAGUUUGGAUAGACAGGCCGCUGAGGAACUUUUAAAAGCUGUUUCUGGUGAUCAUACUGAAGGUACUGAAAAUGAAAAUGUAACCAUUCCACUGUUGAUGAAAAAUGCCUUACCUGACCUUGAAGGGUAUGAAAAGAAUGAGAAACUGGACAUUGCAUUGCGGCCUGAACAAAGCUCGAUGCAGGACUAUGAGGAUAUGCCAGUGUCUUCAUUUGGAGCAGCCAUGUUACGUGGAAUGGGGUGGAAGAAGGGAGAAGCUAUUGGAGGCACUAACAAAGGGUUUACAGAACCUAUAGAAUAUAUUCCAAGAUCUAAGGGUUUAGGUCUGGGGGCUGAAAGGAGAGUCCUAGAUGACAUUAUACCAGGGAGGAAGCGUAAACCAGGAGACUCAGUCUCAGAAAAGAGUUCUGGUGCUAUUAAAGAAAAGGAUGGCCGUGUCAGACACUUUAAAGGAGUAGGAGAGACAGUCCCUCAAGAAUCAUCUUUAGAUUACAGACCUGGCACAGGAGUUGUAAUUGAGAAGGGUCCUCAUCAAGAUAUGUGUGGAAAGAUUGUAGCUGUAGAUGUUGAUACAUGCAGAAUUACCGUCCAACUUCAGUUAAGUAAAGAGAAUAUCACCUUACACCAGUUUAAUGCAAGACUUGUAAAUGAUAUUGAUUAUAGGGCACUGUCAAGACAAGAGAAACCAAAACAAAAUGGACGCGAGCUAGAAAAAGGACACACAAGUAGCAAGAGAACAAGGAAUGACGAUAAGGAAAGUCAAAAGUACAAAGACAGCAAAUAUACCAACAAGAGCAAAGAAGGUAUUAGUAAUCCAAGUUCACAAAAGGGAAGCAACACUCUAACAAAGUGUUGGCUGUAUCCACAAAUAAAAGUGAGGAUCGUCAGCAAGGAUUUCAAGAAAGGCAAAUAUUACAACAAAAAGGUGAAAGUUGUUGAUGUUGUCAGUACGGGUGAAUGUAUCUGCCAGACAGAGCAAGGGAGACUUAUUGAAGAUGUACCACAAUCAGCACUGGAAACAGUCGUGCCCAAGACUCUUGAUUCCCAUGUCCGAGUUGUCGGAGGUGACUGUAAGGGGCAGCUUGCAGUGUUGCUGGAGCGGAAUACAUCGAAAUACAGUGCUGUCAUUCAACUUUUGUUGGACAAGUCAGUUAUGACAGCCGAUUACGACGACAUUUGUGAACAUCUCGGUGAUAUUAAUGAGUUUUGAUGUUGAAAGAACGCCAGAGAUAGCGUGGUUGGUAGAGCAGUUGCUUAUUUUGUUUUCAGCCAGGCGUUAUCCUGUGGAGCUGGCCUGUCUUAGAGGUUUGCUAGAGCUACAACCAGAAGGCAUGGUAUUCAAAAAUACCCACUGGCCCAUGCGCAAAUGAGAACUUGGAGCGAGUGCAGUACUUUUGACACGACACAAGUUGAUACUCUCAUUAUUGUGGUUUGCUUGCACCAUCACGUGUCUGUGAUGAACAUUGCCAGGAUCGCUGUUUUGCCAAGGAUGGUUGUGCAGGAAAGAGUAUUGAAUGAUAAGCAACAUAAGUUGAUUUGAAAAUUACCAGCAAAACCGUCGUAGGUGAUCAAGUGACAAGAAUAUGACGUUUGAGUCUGAUUUUACUAAGUUGCGAACUGUAUAACGAAUAACUUUAUACUUAAACCGUAUAGCUUAGCCAUAAGUGCCAACGUACUUUUAAGUUAAGUGUGCAGAACCUGAAACCAAAAACGUUAGUGGCGGAUUGUCAUUUUGAAAUGGCUUAGUGUUGCUGGGUCAAGCUGUAUCGUUUUUGGAGCGUGGAAUGUGUGUGCUCGUCGUCAGAACUUAUGCCCCCGGCCAUUCACGCCAGCAAACCAUGUUCAAUUAAACCAUGUUUAGCCGAAUGAAAAUCAGAGACAAUAAACUGACGUUUCCGUGGGAUUCAAGUAGUCACUAACAUUUAUUUUCAAUGUGCUAAAUUUCAAGUCGAAGGGUAUCGAUUUAAGCAGCUUCGGUGGAGGAACCAAUUUUAAACCGUGUUUAAAAAAACAGCUUUCAAACAGUUUUAAGCUUUGGCGUGAAUGGGUUAUUUCUUAUCAAAAUAGAGUUUGAUUUCUUUUCGAUAGACCUCUAAAACGUGGAAAAUCAAAUUGUCACAACUGUAAAUCGUUAAACUUUACAAUGAAAACAUAGACACGCGAAGACGGACAUGCAGUGAGAGUUAAGAAAAGGAGACAAGGGCAGGUUUCCUAUUGGUCAGAAUUUAAGUUUGUGGCUUCUCUCUUCAUUUUAUUUAAUUUAGGAAGUUCAAGUCUGAGCCAUGUCGGGGUAGUAACUGAAGUCAGAAUUUUAGUAAUUGAAAAGCGUCAGUUGGCAAUUUUUGUUAAAGGAUUAUAGCAAAAACCCGCAUAUUAUAGCAGGGAAUGAAAUUUUUGGUAAUCCAAGGUUUACUUAGAGGCUGUACUCGCAUACUUCUAUAGGUUACAGUGUGUAACAUGUCAUUCAAACAUACACUAAAACCCCGAGGGUGGCACCAUUGCCUUGGUUGGGGGUAUACGUUCUCCAUUUUUUUCACCUGCUGGCUUUAAGUGGUUUUCCUGUCCAGCUUUGGUGCAUUUAGUUUCCUUAAAUCGUCAUAGCCUUUGGUAAGCGUAUCGAUUUGUUAAUAAAUAAACGGUAGGUGGCUUGGCCGGCCAACGCGUCCA